GCCUUCUUCAUUGCUUUCUCUCUCUUUUUGUUUUCAUUUUCCUUUUGUCCUUUUUCUCUUUCCUAGGUUUUAGGUUUUCUCAGCCAAAGGCUUUCGUUUAGCUUCAUCAAUGGCACAGGAGGAGGUUCAGAACGGAGGACCGGAGAAAGUAGCGGAGGUGAGCUUCACGGCGCUGAAACCGCAGCUCAUGGUCGAAGCACCCAAGGCAGCUGAUGCGGUGCAGUUCUACAAGACCGCGUUUGGCGCUGUUGAGGCUGGCCGUACCGUGUACCCUAAGCGCAAGGCUGAGCAGGAGCAGCCUCACGUCCUCUCCGCUCAACUUGAGCUUGCUGGCUCUACCAUUCUCGUUUCUGACAUCGCUGAUAACUCUACUCCGGUGAAAACCGAGGGGACUGGAUGUGUGCUCUGCCUGGAGACUGAGGACGUCGAAGCUGCAAUUGCCAAGGCUGUUAGCGCUGGAGGCGUUGCGGAGGGUGAGGUAACUGAGGGCGAUGGCGCGUGCUGUGGUGGUCGCGUGGGCAAGGUGAAGGAUCCAUAUGGAUACGUUUGGCUUAUCUGCUCUCCUGCGAAGAAGUGCGGUGACGCGGAGGCUUAGAUGCCGUUCGAUCUUUGAUCUACUUUCUGUUAAUCUCUGAGCUUUAAUUUGUCAGUAAAAAAAAUGGCUUCUAGCCGGUAGGAUUAGGUGAUCAACAGUGAUAGACUCUUUGGUAUUGACUCUUUUGAUACUGUUCUUCAUGAACCUACAGUUGUCAGUUGCAGUUAAAUGAAUUUUACUAGCGUUUUUAUCUCUCUA